UUUCUCUCUUGUUUUUCUUUCUUUCUUUCUUUCUUUCUUCCACAUUAACAUGUUGCACCAGCACUGCUGUCCUGACAACUCUUUCACUCUGAAUGGUGUCCAUUGCAGCACAAAGCUUCUUUGCAUGGAGAAAUCUAAAAUCACCAUUCAACCACACAGGCUGAAGGAAUAUGGCAUAUGGCUUUGAUAACUGGGGACGCUGAGCACCAUUUGGUCCCUUGUGCUGUUUUUUAUGUGUUCACAGGGGAGAAGGAGAGGCAGGAGAGGAGGGAAGUAACAAAUCAGCAGCAGCAGAUAGAGAGGUUUGUGUAUACAAGCAGGAGAUGCAGACUCGAUAAGAAAAUUAAGGAAAAGGGUGCAACUCAAAAAGAGCCAAACUGAUGCUACCAACCAACCAAUGAGAUUCCCUCCCACCCUUUAAAUCUCUCACUUAGUGACACAGAACGAAAAGAAGAGUUCAAGGAUAGCUCCAGGAGCUUGUAGUUAGAAUUUUCUGGAAGCUCAAAACGUUCCUUGGAUUUUUUUCUGCCUCCAUCAGAUUUGGAGGUCAGACUAAACACAGCCCUUCAGGACUCCAUAUCUCUGAGGUCACAGGUCUCUGGCUCAGCGUGAGCAGUGCAACAGACAACUUUUGGAUUAAAAGAAAAAAAUAACACCGCUCUAUCGUUUUAGAUUUGAGGGAACAAAAAACUGCACCCAGGACAAUUGCAGGUUGUGGGGAAGUGAGAACACCCAGAGGUGGUUCGAGGAUUGUGAUUUGGUCGUGUGAGGUAUGCACUUCUGUGGCCGAGAAGUGAGACAGAGCAUCCACAGACAUUCAGGGUGACACUCAGAGUCUGUGAGGUGGCUGAUGACUGCAGAUCAUUUCUACUCUGAGGACUUGGAGUCACAUUUUUCUCAGUUCACAGACGACAUGGUGCCUUCUCUACUGACUGUGAGGUUGCUGAAUUUCAGCGUAUGUGAUUUCUGAGUCCUAGACACCACAGAAGAACUAGAUGAAGCAGUCAGAGCAGACUAAGGACACCCCCCUGCUGUGGGACUUUGACCAACCCUGGAGCUCGAUCAUCAAACCUGCUGCACGUCUUUGCCUCAACACCUUCGACUUCUCCGACCUCUGGGAUGAGGAAGACAGCACUGAGGAUGAGGGAACUUCUUCUGUCAGUGAUCUGUUAACUUGCACUGGAAGCCCUCCUGGGCCCCUUCCUCUUCCCCCUCCUCCACCACCUCUUCCUACUGUUGCCUCACCUUCGCCCCCCCUUAAGCAAGCAACCAAAUCCCGCACCCUGAAGCUCCACUGGAGGGAAAUGAAGAGUCUGCCUCCCCUCCCAAGAAUGACCCGCUUUGGGACUCAGACAAUUUGGGCUGCUCUUGAACCGGUCCACCUGGACACAAACAGACUGGAGUACCUGUUUGAGUCCAAGGUCAGUGGCAUCUGCUUUAGUGCAGCCUCUGGACGACAGAAGCAGCCCUGUGUCUCUGUUCUGGGAAUGAAGCGCAGCAACAUCAUCACCAUAGCACUGAGCUGCCUGCCCCCUCCUCGUCUCCUGCCCCCUGCCAUCAACAGCAUGGACAGCAGUGUACUGGACAGAGAGGACAUUCAGCGUCUUCAAACAUUAAUCCCAACAGAAGAGGAACUUUCUCUUAUUAAUGACGCCAAAGCCAAGAACCCUCAGGCUCCACUGGCCCAGGCUGAGUCCUGCCUUCUCACUUUAGGUGAAAUCUCUCACCUCAGCUCCAGACUUCAGCUGUGGGCCUUUGCUCUGGAUUAUGACUCCUUAGAAAGGGAGAUUGCAGAGCCUCUCUUCCAUCUAAAGCUGGCGAUGGAACAACUUGCAGCCAGUCAGACUUUUAGACGUAUUCUGGCAACAGUGUUAGCAAUUGGUAACUUUCUAAAUGGACGUAAGGCUCGAGGCUUUGAGCUGAGUUACCUGGGCAAACUGUCUCAGGUGAGAGACACGCACUCUCGUCAGCCCCUGCUGCAUCAUGUCUGCAUGCUCCUCCAGCAGCUCUACCCAGAAUGCUCUGAUCUGUACUCGGACAUCGGUGCAGCUAUCAAAGCUGGAAAGUGUGAUUACUCGUUAGUCCAUUCCAAUCUUUGGCAGCUGGAGGCCAUGUGCAAAGCAUCAUGGGAGCAGCUGAAGAUGCUGGAUAAGGCUGACGAAAAGAGGAAAGGAGGAAAGUGGGAGAAAAUUCGAUCUAGAGGAGGAGAUGAGGCUCUGCUGCCUGAAGGUUCCCUCCGACAGCAGCUGCCGAAGAUUCUAAAAGAAUGUGAGGGGAAACUCAAAGUCCUUAAAGCCGUCCAUCGUCGAGUUAUUAACAGGUUCCACUCCUUCCUCUUGUUCCUGGGCUACUCUAAAGCUAUGGUGAAAGACACACGAGCUGAAGACUUCUGCAAAACUAUCAGUAACUUUUCUCUGGAGUACAGAUCUAUGCGGCAGAGCAUCCUGCUGCAGAGAGAACGGGAGCGACAAAGAAGUGCACCUGAAGGUCCCAGCCCCAGCACUCCCAUAGGCCAAAGGAAACAUCUACAAUCAUCCACACAGAAUGACAGUGAGAAAAGUGAAGAACAGUGUAAGCUGGAGGAGGUACUUAGAACACCAGAGUCCACACUGAGGCCGGACGCCACACUGCCUCGAAACCGAAGGAAGAUGGCCAACAUCCAAGCUCAGUUUUCUGGAAACCUGAAGUUGUGAUCCUGCUGUGAUACUUUUAUUAUUAACCUCUAAAUUAUUAUCUAAUAGAUUCAUUGUUUUAUUUUAAAAUGAUCUCUGACAAAUGGAAAUGCCUGGCAUACCAUGUGUCAUUUAGUAUUGAUUGUGUUUGUUAAUUCUUGUUGAUGCAUUAAAAUUUGUUUUGAUAGCAAAAA